GCCGCGCAGGCGUUGUGGGCCGCGAGCUGGAUUUGGUGGAUAUCAGUAUUCACACAGGCCAGAAGACACCGUCUGAUCUCUUGGGAUGGAGUUACGGAGGCUGUGAGCUGCCAUGUGGUACCAAGCACAACUCUGAGCGACCCAGGCAUGUGGAUGAAGAGACUCCUGAAGGAACUGACAUGGGACAGCAACAUGGAAGCAGGAAAGGUCUCACCCACAGGGAAGUCCCCCGGGGCGUUGGGCUGUUGCUCUCCUUGGCCCUUAUGAAUGCCGUCCUUUACCUCUGUCUCGACUGGUUUUUCAUUUCCCCUCGACCUCCGGAGGACCCGAGUCGCUGUCCUCGUGGUUACUUCAGGAUGGGACGGAUGAAAAACUGUUCACGCUGGUUGUCCUGCGAGGAGCUGAGGACAGAAGUGAGGCAGCUGAGGCGCGUUGGGGAAGGAGCCGUGAAGAGAGUCUUUCUGUCCGAGUGGAAUGAGCACAAAGUUGCUCUCUCACGGCUCACCAGGCUGGAGAUGAAGGACGACUUCCUCCACGGACUGCAGAUGCUGAAGUCUCUGCAGAGCCAGCACGUGGUCACGCUGGUUGGCUACUGCGAGGAGGAUGGCACUAUUCUCACCGAGUAUCACCCCUUGGGUUCCCUGAGCAACCUGGAAGAAACACUAAACCUUUCCAAGUACCAAGAUGUGAACACCUGGCAGCACCGGCUGCAGCUGGCCGUGGAGUAUGUCGCCAUCAUCAACUACCUGCACCAGAGUCCCCUGGGCGUGAGGGUCAUGUGUGACUCUAACGACCUGCCCAAAACGCUGUCUCAGUACCUGCUGACAAGCAACUUCAGCAUUGUGGCCAAUGACCUGGAUGCACUGCCCCUGGUGGACCACGCCUCCGGGGUCCGGGUGAAGUGUGGCCACAGGGAACUCCACGGGGAUUUUGUGGCUCCGGAGCAGCUGUGGCCUUAUGGGGGAGACACGCCCUUCCGAGAUGACUUCAUGCCCUCCUAUGAUGAGAAGAUUGACAUCUGGAAGAUUCCGGAUGUCUCCAGUUUCCUUCUGGGGCACGUGGAAGGCAGCGAUAUGGUUCGAUUCCACUUGUUUGAUAUCCAUAAGGCAUGUAAGAGCCAGAUCCCCACAGAAAGACCCACGGCUCAGGAUGUUCUGGACACUUAUCAGAAGGUUUUACAUUCGCUCAGAGACUCUGUAAUGUCUCAGACAAAGGAGAUGCUGUAAGCUCAGGCCGUUAAGUGAUGGACUUGACAGCUGAAUGGCAUCCAAGCUGUUCUACUCUUGGUGAUGGAAGUGCUUUUGUGAACCUCGUGAUUUGUGGAUGCAGGGUCUCCUCCACAUCUGCCUGCACAUCUGAGUGUGCCCUGCUUUCCCGGCAACCCAGAUGGAAGUAGCCAAGCGGGAAAACCUUGCUUUACUGUGGCUCCUGGUGAAGAUGCAGAGAAUCCAUGGAUCCACACAGCGUUUGAAGGAAGUGGUAAAACGGUAAUCAUGAAGACACAUCGCCUACUCCGGUAACCAUGUUUAUAGAUUGGUAGGAAAUGGGAAAAAACAUACACUAAUUCUUCAGAGAACAUUGCUCCUAAUUUGAGCAGUCCUGUUGGAAGCUGGGGAUAUAGUGCCCAGUGGUCGGGUGCUUACCUGGUUCUUUGCAAAGCCUAGGAUAUGAUCCGUAGCAUACGCACACGCACACACACACACACACACACACACUCACUCAAAGACCGUUUUGGGUGUCCAAAGUGCAGCCCUCGUCAGUGAGGUCCUUGUCGGUGUUGGAGGUGACCGUCUGUGAAGGUUCCAUGCAGUUUCCUCUCACUGAGCCAAGUACGCUGUGGCAGCAUGCUCUGGAGAGAGACCGUGAAUGGCUAGGACUGACUGCUGGGAACGGCAGGCUGCGGGGACUUCCUUACCUGCCUGGGAUGGUGCUGACCUGUGGUUUCUGUGUGAACGUUUCAUAUCCAGGGUUCCUCUUUACUAGACAGUGUCGAGCCUCCCCGGGCUUGCACAAAUGAACACCUUAAACAAAAACUGUGGCGCCAGGAACGGUGGCACACACCUGUAAUCCUAGCGCCUGGGAAACAGAUUGGAGAAAUGAAGAGUUCAGGCCUGUCACGGGCUAUAUACCACGAUCCCGUCUGUCUACGCCCCCACCCCAAUAAAAAAGUCUCUCCUGUG